UUAUACCACCAUGCAUUGCCUGUGUAUUUAAGCAACGACUUAGAGGGCAUUCAGAAGCGUGCGCUGUCAAUAAUAUCUCCCGGCCUUCAAUAUGUUGACAACCUCACAUUGUACAACAUGAGUUCUCUUACGGACAGACGCAUUGAACGAUGCAACAAACUAUUUGAAUUAGUCGUACACUGUAUCUGAUUCUGCGCAUAAGCUGCACCAUCUCCUACCACCAAAGAAUGAUAGCAGGUAUAAUCUUCGAAAC